AUGUCAAAUGUUGCAGAAAAAAAUCUGUUUAAAGAAAAAGAUAUUCGCGGAACUUCAGUCGCACCAGUAACUCCUAUUAGAAUGAAGCCGUCAACAAUGAACUGGUUAAUGAACCGUGGUUUUGCGGCAGUGGCACCACGAGUGUUACGACCACUAACACUGAGACCACCGACACCACUACCACUGGAACAGCAAUCACUAGGACCACAGCCGCAAUCAUUGGAAUCGGGACCACUAGUAACGCGACCAUUGGUAUCGUCGCUACCACAGGAACCUCGACCACUCAAACUGCUACUUCCCAAUGUUCCUCUGAACAUGGAUAUGAAUUCUGCUGCAAUGCCUAACUUUCCAAUAUACAAUUAUAUGCCAGCUUUGAUUGACGAAAAUCAUUUCCGACGCCGUCGUCAGAUUCACACAAAUGUAACAAAUUCUACAUGGACUCCAUCUGAGUCAUUGCUUAGCACUGUCAACAAUCCUCAGCCUGGAAUGGAAAUUACCAAUAUUACUUACAUGGAUCCAACUGGUGGAAGCAUGAUAGUAACACGUCGCGGUCAGGAUGGUGGGUUGGACGUUCGUAUGGUUUACUCCCGUGAAUUCAUUAUUGCUGCGUCUGCCAGUCCACUCGCAUUGCUGCCACCUGCUAACUUCCGCAACAUGGUUCUUAAUAUGAUGGAAAUUAUCCCGAAAUUCCCGACGAGUUAUUACAAUAACAUUUCUCGGGAUUCCAUAUAA